AUGAUGCCCAACUCGCCUGCCUUACCAACCCGCUUUCCGUGUUGGUGCAGAGCAAUCUAUUCGUGGGGCGGAGAAACGAAACAAGACCUGGGAUUUAUCGAGGGAGAUCUGAUUGAAUGUCUCAACGCCGGAGAUGGCUCUUGGUGGACAGGGCGUCUGCGGCGAGACCGGCGCAUGGUCGGUCUCUUCCCCUCAAACUUCGUCAAAGUCCUGGACGACGACUUUCGGCCAGUAAAUAGAGCCUCGAGCCAAAUGCCUGGCGGAGGAAGCAUGCGCGGAGCAGCACCUUCGCCGAAGAAGGCCAAAAGCACAUUUCGCAAACCUUUCCAGGCAUACGCUGCUGCGGGAUCACCCAAUCCUGCAGCUGCUCAGCGCGAGAUUGACGAAAAGCUCCGCGGACCCUCCCCAAUUCCGUCUCGCGCACCGUCACCAGCACCUCCCACAAGUCGAGCGCCAAGUCGACUUCAGCGUCCCACUUCCUCAGCCGCAAACCUACCCUAUUUAGUUCGCGCAUCCUCUCCGGCACCACCUAUCAGUCGCAGUCCGCAACCGCGGCAGCCGUCGCCGAACCCGUAUCAAAGCUAUGAACCAUCCCCGCCACCACCCGCUCCACCGCCGCAUAGGGUGGUUUACGAUGGUCGACGGACGCCUUCCCCGGCGCCGUCAUUCACAAGGCAGCAGUACCUCGGACAAGGUGUUUCGCGGGGCCCGUCUCCGACCCCAUCUGCUACAGGCCAUACACCGUCUCCGCUUAGAAACGCCAUGGAAGACGUCAUGUCAUCCCUGCAGGACAUGGGAAUCUCUCAGGAGAGCCCCCUACAACAGCGACCCAGGUCUCCUCUAAACCCUUGGUCGCCCGAGGCGUUUGACCAACUCUAUGCUCGGCCAAGUCUCAGUCAACAGCAGAGGCCGGGCACCUCACUGAGCGCCUUUGGGGAUGUUGAUGAAAUCGGUUAUCCAAGCCCUGCUAGGCCGCAGAGUAGGAUCCAGCCACGAUAUGAGUAUGAAGAUGAUGGCGGACCGCCCGAGGUUUCCAAUUACGUGGCGCGCAUGGAGAGCCAUCUCGAAAAGAUGCAGGAGCAAACUUCGGGUCCUCAAGAUGAACUGUUUCUUCCAACUGGCUUUACGAAUGCUCAACCGAGUAUUGCUGACGACUACGCUCCAGCACCUCCUCCUAAGCAAACGACCCACGAAAACAGGUCGCAUUCUUCUCUCGGGAAAAGCAGGCAUGAUAGCGUGGAUUCUAGACGACGAUUGAAACGUCGCAAAUCAGCAUACGAUAUUGGGAAAGAAAUGCUUGGGCGUACUUUUACAAUGCGCUCAAGCGCUACAAACUCCUCUAGCGGCGUUCAGAGUACGACAACCAAUGACAGCAACAGUACGCAGUUGACGAGCCAGAGCGCAAUGAGUGGGUUUUCUGCUGGAGGGUUCAGCGCGACCAGUGCAGGUAGUUUAGCCCGGAGACGUGGCGACGAGCAACCACCAAAUGUGUUGCAUUCCCGUGCGAAGAGCCAUCUUGGAAUUGGUAACACCGGGAAGCCGUUUGCUAUCCCAGAGACGAGACCACAAACUCCCAUGAGAGGCGUUACAUAUCAUUCAGACCAACGAUCUCCCCCCCUCUCUCAAUCGGAUUGGGCUGGAAGUGUUUCCGAAUCCAAUGCGGUCUUGGGUGGCUUAACUUCUCCCAAGGCCAAGAAGAGCGGAUUUUUCAAGAAGAUUAUCGAGUCGGCGAAGACAGGUGCCGCAAGUGCUAGGAGCAGUAUUGCAUCAAGCCAAGUCGGACGUCCGCUUACGCCUCACAAGCACACGAGCUCGACGGGCAUAGGCCCGACACCGUCAACCUCACCGAACAAGGAAACCGGUAUCGGUGGAGGAGCUGACUGGGUGCAAGUUCGUAGAGACGUCAAUCGAUCCAACACGCUGAGCCGAAACGAACGGGACGAGCGCGCCGAAAGGUGUCAAAUGCUGGACAUCCCGGUCAUUGAUCCGAUCGGGGCGUUAUAUGACUCAGCUGAGGGUGAUGAAGGGCUCGAUGGGCUACCGAUUGAAGAACCGACAAACUUUCUCAAACUGAACCUGUCACUUGUGGACCGGAAUGCCCGGUUCGUCAGUAGUCUUCCACCGAUGACCAACCCGAUAAGUCUUGCACAAGGGUAUAUUUGUCGACCAUACAAGAGCGAUGUGCAGCGACUACGUGCUAUCUUCACAUGGGUCAGCGAGAAAAUUGUCUGGGAAGAAGACUUUGAAGGAGAGAUUGAUGCAAGGCGGGUUGUUCAGACCAAGAGAGGAUGCUCUGAGGAGAUUGCCGUUUUGGUGACUGAAAUGUGCGCCGCAGUUGGUCUCCACGCUGAGGUAGUUAGAGGGCAUCUCAAACAUCCUGGUGAAGCUUAUGAGCCAGAUACUGUAGCUGAACCAAAUCAUUGGUGGAAUGCUGUCAUAGCUGAUGGUGAAUGGCGCAUCAUGGACUGUUCGUUGGCAAAUCCCACAAAUCCGCGCAGGGGUCUUUUCUCAAGCGCAGGAUCACAGGCGGCCGAAAAUUGGUACUUUCUUGCGCGGCCGAUGGAGAUUUGUUAUACCCAUGUACCUCUCAUGCCAGAGCAUCAGCAUAUUUGCCCUCCUGUGCCGCCUGAGGUGUUACUUGCGCUACCAUGUGCUUGCCCACCCUAUUUCAAGAACGGGCUUCAGUUACAAGAUUUUGACACCAGUCUUCUCCAGCUUUCAGACUUGGAGAUGGUGCAGCUCCAGAUUACCGUUCCAUCAGAUAUCGAAUGUGUUGCCGAGGUUGAAACUCAAGCAUUCAAUCAAGAUGUGGAUGGUGACUUGUUUGAAAGUGGCGAGGUCAUAAAGAAACCUGCCCUUGCACAGGCCGAAUGGUAUUCCGGUCAGAAGCAGUACACGAUCAAGGGACUGCUUCCAGGCGACGAAAGACAGGGUGUGCUAAAGGUAUUUGCCGGCAAAAGGGGCCUUAUGCAUUCCAUCAAAGAUAACCCGCAUGCACUUGCUUUUGCUGUUCCCAUUGUUCAUAGGGGAGAGAAUCCACCCUACGACUUCUUUACUCGCCAUCCCACCCCCCACGCUCAACGUCACGACAUUUACGUGAUGCAGCCUCAAUGCGCUCGUCUGGCCGUCAAUAAUACUUUUGUUUUUUGCGUGCGGCAACACCCUUCGUCUUUUCCUGGGCUUUCUUCGCCCACUCCUCAACAAGAUGCCCGUCCAAGCUCAGCUAUGUCCACAUCUACUUCGUCUGGAGCGGUAAUCAAUGGCGUCAAAGCUGCUAAGCUGGCCAUUCAAGCGCCCUCCGGGAAGAUCUUACGCCUCAUGCGUAAGAGCGAUCAUUCAACCACCCCCAUGAAUAGCGCUGCCGAUGGCACCAUGUGGGAAACCAUUAUCAAGAUUGGCGAGCGGGGCGUCUGGAGAGGACUGGUCCUUGCUGACCGGAGCGCCAGAUGGUGCGUCUUUGCCGAGUGGAACUGCAUCUGA